UGAUGUCAUAGCCACAACAGCAACAACUGGGUGGAUGUGGUGUCAAAGUGAGUUUUAAUCAAUCCACGCCGUGGAGGGAGUGAAGGGGAAAACAUCCCGGAAGAGAGAAAUCUGAGAGUAUUCACAGGGUGAAAAAGCAAACACAACAUCCCGGUUGGGACCUGAGAGAAGUGUGUGUGUGUGAGAGAGAGAGAGAGAGUGGAGACAGGAAGCUUCAUGAUGCUUGGCUCUGAGGCUGCAGAGGAGGCAGCGUCCAGUGGGGUCCACAUGCAGAAAGAUUGCAGCCUGCACACACGUGCCAGGGGUGAUGCAGUAUCAUGCAAAAAACGAGAGGACUAUCUUGAGUGGUCAGAGUAUUUUAUGGCAGUUGCUUUUUUGUCUGCGCAGAGGAGCAAGGACCCAAACUCGCAGGUUGGUGCUUGCAUCGUGAACCCUGAAAACAAGAUAGUCGGUAUAGGAUAUAAUGGAAUGCCAAAUGGAUGCAGCGAUGAUAUUUUACCUUGGGCAAGAACGGCCUCAGAUAAAUUGGAUACAAAAUACAUGUAUGUUUGUCACGCUGAAUUAAAUGCAAUUCUGAACAAGAACUCUGCUGACGUUAAGGGAUGUACGAUGUAUGUGGCCUUGUUCCCAUGUAAUGAAUGUGCUAAACUCAUCAUUCAGUCAGGCAUAAGUAAAGUUACUUACAUGUCAGACAAGUACCGUGACAUGCCAGAAAUGAAGGCCUCAAAGCUAAUGUUGGACAUGGCUGGUGUACAAUGCAGCAAAUUUAUUCCAAAGAAUAAAACAAUUACCAUUGAUUUUGAGUCAAUAAAUAAAAGUGGAAGUUGUUUCGAAAUCAGCCCGAGUGCCUCAACAACAUUGGCCUGAAGCUGCAUCAUGGAAAAUCUCAUUUACUACUUCCAUACUUUCCAAGUCUCUUAUUUUUGUACUUGUCAUUCAAGCAAAUGACCUGCAACCUGUUGACAGCCUAUUUUCUAAACAGUGCAAGUUAACUAAUUAAUGUAUUUUAAGCACGCUGCAAAGGUUUUUGUUGUUAGAAUUAACAGUGAGCUGCUUCAGCUUGCCCUGUGUAUGCAUUUACUUAAUUAUAUAUAUAUAUAUGUAAAAUAUAAAAUCUUUGGUAAGGAACUACAGAAUGAAUGAAUGACUGUGAUGGCAGGGAACUUUAAGUCAUGAGUCACUAGCAGUCUUAUUUCUGGUGGAAUUGCAAAUGAUGCCACAGCUUUCCUCAGUUCCGUUUCAGUUUUGUCAGAUUUACCUGGCUAUCUGAACACACACACACACACACACACACUUUGUUUCUGCCCUUUUAAUAAUCAGUCGACUGGUUCAAGAGCAAAUCCCUCCCUGAUCUUCCUCUUCCUAUGGUUGGCACAGUCUGUCACAGUUUGUAAUCUGCUGAGGUAACCCACCUGUGCGGGAACCCACCUGUAACAUUUUUAAAUGUGACCUCUUGUCAAGCCUGCGAACUUGGUUGGUCACUCCAUGCCCGAGGUUUUAUUAAGGAUGGUCAUUCAUGUUUCCUUGGAUUUAUUCUGGCUUCCUGACAAAGUUGUGUGAGAGAUUCCAGACAUGACACCAAGUUGGUCAUCCCAAACAGUUAAUGCCUACAGCCAUUUUGCAGUAAAAGGUCCAGUUUACCUUUAAAAGUUCUGUCAAAGAGUACAAAUACAAAUCAUCACUUGA